UCUGUGUGUGACCUGUCAAAAAACCGAAAAAGUUCACAUGUGGUUUGUUCUAUAGAGUAUCCAGAAGCUGCCAUAGGAAAUAUUUCGGAAUAACUUGAAUACUUACCGUAUACUUACCGUGAGUAACCUGGAAAAAGAAGUUAAAUUAUAAUCUAUAAAUACUUACCUUAAAAUUGAUAAUACUUACCUAGGAAAGCAGAAGUAGAAAGGAGAAAAGGAAGAUAGUUGGAAAGCUGGUCGGAAGAGUAGUUAGCGAGGGAGGAAAAUUUGAAAUUUUAGCCUGCAUAAAAAAGGUGCUUGCUCAUUAUUUCUUUCCGUUCGGGGACGACCGAACAAACUAAAAUUUCAAAGUUUGGAUCGCACCUCACCCACGGCACGAUGAGCGACCAGGAAUUAGACUACACUACCACACCGUGCGGCAAGUGCGGAUUAGCUCCAAGGGAACUAGGUGGAAUGGUUGCAUGCGACCACUGCAACAAUUGGUAUGAUUACGCUUGCGCGGGUGUAACCGAUACCGUUAAGAGGAAGAAAAAAUGGUUCUGCGAUAAUGCAGUUUGUGUGGCGGCAGCCAAAAAGCGCACGAAGAAGGACGCAAAUCCUCAAUCGACGGCAGAUGAAUCGGAUGCCGGAAGUGUCAAAUCGUCCACAGUGCCGUCCGCAGAUGAACAAAUAAAGGCCAUGGAAGAAGAACAGCGGCGGCUCGAGGCGGACUGGGACAAACAGAUGCUGGUGAAAGAGAAGCAGCUAGAGUUUCAGGCCGCAAUGAAAAAGAAGAAGUUCCUGCAGGAACAAGCACUGCGCCGAAAGCAAAUGCAGCUAGAGGAAGAGUGGCGCUGUUUCGAGCUAGCAGAACUAGAGCGCGAAAACCAGCUGCAGCUGCAGGUAAAACACGAGCACCUGAAGCGAGUUCAGAAACUGGAAAAAGAUUUUCGGGAGCAGAUGUCAACUGUGGAUAAUCAGUUGGACACAAUGAAAAUGGAACGGCCACAGAAACAUUCCCAACCGAUUACCGUUAAGAGUCAAAGUACACCGCUACUAGCUCCGGCGGGAAAGACGGGUAUUUGUGUUGAGUCGGAAAUGGAUGAUACGGAGGAGAGUUCCAGUUCGGAGGAAGAAACUGAUAAGGAACCGGACGAGAAGGUUAAGCAGGGUUCCAGACCAACAAAGGGCCAACUUGCUGCCAGGCACGGGAUCGGUAAACACCUUCCUCUAUUUUCGGGAAAGCCGGAUGAUUGGCCACUGUUUUAUGCGGCGUAUAACUCUUCUACAAAGGCGUGCGGGUUUAGCGAUGUCGACAAUUUAGCACGUCUGCAACAAUGCCUAAGGGGCGACGCACUGGAGCUUGUACGAGGACAACUGCUUCUUCCGAAAUCGGUCCCUCGUGUUAUUGAGAAGCUUCGCCAACACUUUGGUCGUCCCGAGCAAUUACUAGAUCGUCUGUUGGAACGCGUUAAAGAAUUGCCGGCACCGAAGAAUCUGAAAGGGUUCAUUCCGUUCGCCAACGUAGUAGAGCAGCUUUGCGAUCACGUGGAAGCAGCGGACCUUAAGGAGCAUCUGAAGAACCCGUUGCUUAUACAGGGCCUGAUAAAAAAGCUUCCGGAUGCGGAGAAAAGACAGUGGGCUGAUAUCAAACGAGCUCGAGAGGGAAGAAAGAUUUCUCUUCGUACAGUUACGGACUUUCUCCUACGAAUUGCGGAUGACGCGCGGGAAGCAGAAGUGGACAUCGAGCGUACCACGGAGACGAGAUUCUCAGGCGAACAUUCCGGUCGAAAGCGAAAAGAGAAAGGAGCAGUAUUCAGUCACGCCGAGGAAGGAAAUUCGAAUACAGUCGUCAGCCACCGAUUAGGGUUGAAACCAUGCAAAGUGUGCCAGCGUACCGACCACCGAUUGCGGUUUUGUCAGGAUUUCAAGAACUGGUCACACGCCGAGCGCGUAGCAAUGGUGACCCGCGAUAAGCUAUGCAAGCUAUGCCUCGGAGAACACGGAGGACAAUGCCGGUUCAAGUUUCGUUGCAACGUUGGCUCCUGUAAGGAGGCACACAAUCCGCUCAUUCACCCGGUCAGUACGGUGGGUAUUAGUGCACACAUUCACUCGUGCAACCCCCUGCUGUUUCGGAUAAUUCCCAUACAACUACAUGGUAGGGAUCGGACGCUGACGGUUUUGGCAUUUUUAGACGAAGGUGCUUCCGUCACAUUGAUCGAAGGUAAGCUAGCCGAUAGAUUGGGUAUUGUCGGGGCCGAAGAAAAGCUUACAAUCAAAUGGACUGCCGACUAUUCACGUACUGAGAAGAACUCAAGAAAAAUGAAUGUGUGGGCUUCAGCAGUUGGUGUUGGAGAAAAAAUGUUGCUCAGAACGGUUCGCACUGUGGGCAAGUUAAUGCUGCCACAUCAGAAAUUGGAUGCUGCAGUACUUUCAGCCCGCUAUCAAUACAUGAGCGAUCUGCCGAUCGCAUCUUAUGAAGGCCAGCCAGAGCUUCUUAUCGGUCUCAACAAUGUUCAUGCUUUCGCGCCCAUGGAAGUGAAGAUAGGUACCGUCGCUGACCCGAUUGCCGUCCGUUGCAAACUCGGAUGGACAGUAUAUGGUCCGAAUCAAGCAAGCCAUACUACAGAGAGAGGAUACGUAUGCUUGCAUCACGAUGUAACCAACGAAGACAUACAUGGUUUACUGAAAAGCCACUAUGCAUUAGAGGAAUCAGUGGUAGCAACGGCCCAAGAAUCUGCAGAGGACAAAAGAGCGAUGGAGAUUAUGGAGCGGACCACGAAACGCAUCGGAGAACGGUUCCAGACCGGUUUGCUUUGGAAGGAGAACAAACCGCAAUUUCCGGAGAGUAUUCAGAUGGCGCUGAGGAGAAAUUUGCAGCUGGAGCGGAAGUUAAUGAAAAAUCCGGAAUUAUACACGAAAGUGCGAAUGCAAAUCGAGGAAUAUGUGGAGAAGGGAUACGCUCACUUGGCCACAAAAGAGGAGCUGGAGAAUACCGAAGCAGGGAAAGCGUGGUACUUGCCGAUAAAUGUCGUGCUGGAACCGAAGAAACCGGGAAAGGUGCGUAUCGUCUGGGAUGCUGCGGCGACGGUGCAAGGUGUUUCGCUUAAUAGCAAGCUACUGAAGGGACCGGAUCUACUCGUACCGUUAGUGGCAGUAAUUAUCGGGUUCCGUGAGCGGAGAAUCGCAUUCGGGGGCGAUCUCAAGGAAAUGUUUCAUCAGCUGAAGAUUAUCAAGGAAGAUCGUCAAGCCCAGCGAUUUCUCUUUCGAUCCAAUCCCGAAGAGGAUCCUAAAGUUUAUGUGAUGGACGUAGCUACAUUUGGGUCGACCUGCUCGCCGAGUUCCGCCCAAUUCGUAAAAAAUCGGAACGCCGAGGAGCAUGCAAGUCAGUACCCUGAAGCAGCCGAUGCUAUAAUCAAUCGGCAUUACGUCGAUGAUUAUUUCGACAGUGUCGACACAAUCCAAGAAGCAGUGCAGAGGGCGAAACAGGUGAAGCUUGUGCACAAGAACGGGGGCUUUGAAAUCCGGAACUGGGUUUCGAAUUCUCCAGAGGUAUUACGAAGUUUGGGCGAAGACAAACCGGUCAUGGCAGUUCAUUUCAACCAAGACAAGGAGACAUUGCGAGAACGAGUGUUAGGCCUAGUUUGGAACCCUAUCCUCGACGAAUUUUCGUUUUCUACGAGACAGCGCCAAGAGGUCGAUCAAUAUUUACAUGGUGGCAAGCGACCGACGAAAAGAAUUGCUAUGAGCUGCGUUAUGGGGUUCUUCGAUCCUCUGGGGCUGCUGUCAUUAUUCACGAUUCACGGGAAAAUUGUUCUGCAACAUCUGUGGCGAAAGGGCUGUGAUUGGGACGCAGUUAUGGACGACGAAAGCUGGAAGCUGUGGAAACGCUGGGUUGAUUUGCUGCCCGAGGUCGAAGCCAUCCGGAUUCCACGCUGCUAUAUCGGGAACGCUGUAUCGACGGAGAUCGAGUCGCUCGAGCUCCACAUCUUUACGGACGCUAGUGAGCAUGCUUACGGGUGUGUGGCCUAUCUACGUGUGCUUAUCAAAGGCAGGAUUCAAUGCAGUUUAGUUAUGUCUCGGGCAAAGGUGGCUCCACUCAAACGGCAAUCAAUUCCUCGACUAGAACUUAUGGCAGCGGUUCUCGGUGCCCGGAUGUAUCGAACGAUUGAGCGAAUGCUUACGCUGCACAUUUCGCGCUGCGUUCUUUGGACUGAUUCUCGCACGGUUUGUUCUUGGCUCCAGUCGGAUCAGUACAAAUAUAAGCAAUUUGUGGCAUUUAGGGUGGGAGAGAUUUUGGACUUGACUCAGGUAGUGGAUUGGCGUUGGAUACCGACUAAACUAAACAUAGCCGACGUACUGACCAAGUGGGGUCGCGGUCCGCCGUUACAAAGCGACGGUGCAUGGUUUCUGGGUCCUUCCUCCUUGCUACUUCCCGAAUGCCAGUGGCCAUCAUCACAGUUUCCUUCCGGAGAAACCGACGAAGAUGCCAGAAGAGUUGUUCUGUUUCAUGAAGUCAUAAAGAUUGAGGCGAUUUCGAGAUGGAAUAGGCUGCUGAGAGUGACCGCCACAGUGUUGCGUUUUAUCGGAAAUUGCAAGCGCAAACAAAAAGGGUUGCCGAUACUCACAGCAAAGGCAACGACGAAUCAACAAUUAAUGCUGAAGACUGCACACCCCGCAGUACAAACACCGUUGCAGAAAAACGAACUACUGGAGGCGGAGAAAAUUUUGUGGAAACAAGCACAAUGGAACAGUUUCCCCGAUGAGAUGAGCGUGCUGACGAGUAACCUACAGUUAGCCCCUGGCCAGAAAGCAGAACGAAUCCCGAAAAGAAGUGCCCUAUACAAAUAUGCGCCGACGCUCGACGAAGAUGGCGUGCUACGAGUAGAUGGUCGACUGGUGAAUGCGGAAGCAAUGUCCUUCAAUCAGAGGUAUCCUGUUAUCUUGAGCCGUUUUCAUACCGUAACGAAGAAAAUCAUCCAGUAUUAUCACGAGCAGUUUGGACAUGCGAAUAGAGAGACAGUGUUCAACGAGAUACGGAAGAAGUUUGAAAUCCCGAACCUUCGUGCAGCAGUCUCUAGAGUAGCCGGUGAAUGCGUAUGGUGCAAAGUGCAUCGGUGCGUUCCACAUACUCCGCGCAUGGCACCACUGCCGGUUCAGCGUGUUACGCCUGGAAAACGCCCCUUCAACUCUGUCGGCGUGGAUUACUUGGGCCCUGUGGAGGUGACAGUUGGACGCCGAAAGGAAAAAAGGUGGGUCGCCGUUUUCACUUGCUUAGCGGUGCGCGCAGUGCACCUAGAAGUGGUGCAUUCACUUUCAACGCAGUCGUGUCUCAUGGCACUAAGCAGAUUUGCCAGUAGGUAUGGGAAGCCAGAAGAGAUAUUCUCCGACAAUGCGACUUGUUUUCGAGGAGCGUGGAACGAAAUGGUAAAGGCCAAACUACAAAUCAACAGAAAGUGCGCCGAGGAAUUCAUCAGUUCAACUACUGCCUGGUAUUUCAAUCCCCCCGGCACCCCGCACAUGGGCGGUGUUUGGGAACGGAUGGUGCGGUCUGUAAAGGAAUCGAUGAAAGCGCUGGAUGACGGAAGGAAGCUCACUGAUGAAAUCCUGAAAACAACAGUAGCAGAAGCAGCUGAUAUGAUUAACACGCGUCCACUCACGUACAAGCCUCAGGAACCCGCAGGCGAGGAAGCACUAACGCCAAACCAUUUUCUGCGAGGUGCAGUGACCAGUGCGGAUCUCCAGGUGGAGCCAGUGAGUGCAGCGGAGGCUCUACGAAACGUUUACAAACGUGCCCAGUACCUAAGCGACCGUAUGUGGGAGCGGUGGAUCACCGAGUAUCUACCUACGAUCAACAAACGCAGCAAAUGGUUUGACGAUAAGCGACAGUUGAGUGUUGGGGAUUUAGUUUUUCUGGUGGAGGGGAAAAUUCGGAAGAAUUGGAGGCGUGGGAAGAUAGUAGAAGUGUUUCCGGGAACAGACGGGACCAUUAGACAAGUCAGCGUGAGGACAACAGACGGGAAGCUACAUCGCCGGGGAGCGGUUAACAUUGCGGUAAUGGAGAUAGGUGAAGGUAAAUCCGGAACAAGAAGCAACGCCGGAUGUUACGGGCCGGGGUCUGUUACCACGACUGAACCUGCAAGCGGAGCAUCCCUCGGGCGAUGGUGACGUUUGGUUUUCGCAACUAGCUCCCGCCCGUUGUGUCUGUGUGUGACCUGUCAAAAAACCGAAAAAGUUCACAUGUGGUUUGUUCUAUAGAGUAUCCAGAAGCUGCCAUAGGAAAUAUUUCGGAAUAACUUGAAUACUUACCGUAUACUUACCGUGAGUAACCUGGAAAAAGAAGUUAAAUUAUAAUCUAUAAAUACUUACCUUAAAAUUGAUAAUACUUACCUAGGAAAGCAGAAGUAGAAAGGAGAAAAGGAAGAUAGUUGGAAAGCUGGUCGGAAGAGUAGUUAGCGAGGGAGGAAAAUUUGAAAGUAAGAGAGUAAAAUUAUAUGCGAAAGAUCAAAUUUAAUAAAAAUUUAUAUAGUUUUAGCCUGCAUAAAAAAGGUGCUUGCUCAUUAUUUCUUUCCGUUCGGGGACGAC